UCGGCCACAUCCUUCCUGCCCUUUUAAUUCGCAGUUUACACAUUGGCAGACUGGAAAUCCAUCCAGCGAGUUUUAUUUUAUUUGUAUAUCUAAAUUAGAAAAUGGCGUUGCUAACACCGCUCCUUGCAUUCCUCUACCACUUGCCGCAGGUGUACAAGUGGCUGCUAAAGCCAUACUAUGUCGCGUCUCUGUUCAUGUCAUUCGCGUUUCUCAUUAUCCGCAAGACGCCAGGCAUCUGCGAACAUCUUUCGACACAACGAGAGGAUGGCAACCCCUGCGACUUUGACUGGAGAGAAGUGGAGAUCCUUAUGUUCCUCAGUGCCAUCGUCAUGAUGAAAAACAGAAGAGCUAUAACGGUGGAACAGCAUGUGGGGAACAUCAUUCUGUUCAGUAAGGUGGCCAACGUUAUCCUCUUCUUCAGACUGGACAUCCGCAUGGGCCUGCUCUACCUCACGUUCUGUAUCGUGUUCCUGAUGACCUGUAAGCCUCCUCUCUACAUGGGCCCAGAGUACAUCAAGUACUUCAGUGACAAGACCAUAGACGAUGAGUUGGAGAGAGACAACAGGGUGACGUGGAUCGUAGAGUUCUUCGCUAACUGGUCCCCAGAGUGUCAGUCCUUUGCCGCCGUCUACGCAGACCUCUCCCUCAAGUAUAACUGUGCUGGGCUCAAGUUUGGGAAGGUGGACAUCGGCCGGUAUGGAGACGUGUCUAAGAAGUACAAGGUGAGUACCUCUCCCCUCUCCAAGCAGCUGCCCUCGCUGCUGCUGUUCCAGGGGGGCAAGGAGGUGAUGAGACGCCCCCAGGUGGACAAGAAGUGUAGGGCCGUAUCCUGGAGCUUCACUGAGGAGAACAUCAUCCGGGAGUUCAACCUGAACGAGCUCUACCAGAAGUCCAAGAAACUCAAUAAGUCCAAGGGAGACCAGAGCGACAAGAUCAACGAAUCACAGUUCCCGCCGUUGCCCGAAGAGGAGGAGCCUGAGGUCGACGCCCAGGAGGAGGAGACCAAGAAGGACAAAUAGAAUUGUCGGGGGUAGUGGCCUCAGAAGAACGCUGUGACAUCACAAUGGGACUAGGUGGUGUUAUGUUCUAUCGAGGGAACAAACACGAUUGUUACGAAUCCUUUUUUAUGUUGCUAUGUACAACACGACUUGAGUUGCAAAAUGUGAUUAUGAUUAACUCAAUAUUAACUAAAAUCUGAACUGUACAGUUAGAUUUGUACGUCUCCAUCAUACUUAUGAGUUGCAUCGAUCCUUCCUCCAGUUCCCUGGAGAACCUCUAUGCUCAUUGGUUGUGUCCCAAAUGGCAUUUUAUUACCUAAUAUAGUGCACUAGGGAAAAGGGUGUAACUUAUGACUUAACAAUUGAAUGCAUUUAAUAUUGGCACACUACAAUUAUACACUCCGUUCAUAGUGUUUCACUUGAUUUAAAACUUUUCCCAUUUGGGAUAUAGUGUGAAUUUACCCUCCGUCCAGUCCAUGCUUGGUGAGACAAAUUGCAUGCACCCAUUGAACUGAAGUUACAUUGGCUUCGUCUGAAAUGACUUAUUGGUUCAGACACGGUCAAAUAUUUUACGCCAUCUACCUAUCUCCAACUGGGUCCGCGAUGAUAAAGUAGGGUGUGUAUAUGAGCCACGUCCCAAAAGGUUGUCUUUGAGAGAACUUUUUUUUCAUCUUCCAUAAGUGGUUGUCUGAAUUCUGUUAUUGUCACCGAAUAGUUUUCAGUUCAACAUGAUGCUGAGGGGAAAGAUGGAGAGUGAACACAGAGUGUUUUGCUAUUAACACUAAUUCCAUGUGAGAACUAGACCUGUGUUAUUUUGUAGUCUACAAAAUAGUCAUAUCAGAGAUGGAGUUGUGGAAGCUUGAGGUAGUCUCUCCCUCCUCCCUCACAGAAUAGGGAGAAUUACAUUUUUACUUUCAAAAGCUCCCAUUUCUGGACUAACUUCUUAAUUUAAACAAUUAACACAUUCUUACACCAGCGCCUCUAGGCGAUGAAACAGAACAUUUUACUACCUGUUUGACAUUCCCUUGGUUACUGUAGAAUUGUCUCAACGUUCUGUUCAGAAUAUGUAGACUGAUUCCGUGUAUGUUUGCUCCUGCCUGCUGUGAGAGGUGUCUGACUUUUUUUUUUAUGCAAUAAAAAUGUGUACA